AUGGGUAGUAUAGCACCUGCAAACCCUUUCCAAGAUGUGCCAGCUGGCCAGAUAGAUGGCCUAGCCACAUUACUUACUCAAUUCCGGGCCGAUAACGACCCCAAUAGAGCCGACCUUCUCGUGGGUACAUACAGGACGGACGAAGGUAAAUCAUACGUACUGCCGAGUGUUAAAGAGGCAAAACGAAGAAUAUUCAAUGACCCCGACUGGCAUCACGAAUAUCGCCCUUCUGCUCUAGGUUCGCAGAAAUAUAGGGAUUUGAGCAAUAAGCUACUAUUUGGGGAUCAUCGUCUCCUGCAAGAGAAAAGACGCUGGGUGCAAGUGGAGGGUGCCAUGUUGGCGCCAGGUUUCUAA